AUGGUGAGGUACAGGGCGCUAUCAUCAUCACGGAUGCAGAGUACAAGCAGUGACCGCCACGGAUCCAGCCUCUGCUUCACCGACGCAGCCUCCUUCUUUGUUGUAUCUCCGGGCUACUGGUCCAUCUUUGACCGGCAGCGAGCCAUGCUUGGUAAUGUACACGCCAAGUUGAGUACACGCAAGGCCAUAGCAAAAAUUAUCGUCUCCCAAUCGUCAUGCCUCGCUUCUGUUCCACCGCGCCUCCGCCUCCGCCUCCGCCCUCGCCACUCCUCCACUUCCACAUCCACCUCGGCGCACUCACGCAUCUGGGAUCCCCACGCCGCCUUCGCCGCCGCGACGCAGCGGGCGCGCUCUGGCACGCUCACCACGGAGGACGCACACCACCUGUUUGACGAAUUGCUGCGGCAGGGCAAUCCUGUCCAGGAGCGUCCCUUGACUAAUUUUUUGGCUGCCCUCGCCCGCGCGCCCGGGCGCGCCGCACUCUGCAGCGAUGGCCCCGCCCUGGCGAUCGCCCUCUUCGGUCGUUUGUCCCGAGGCGCCGGACGAUGGGUGGUGCAGCCAAAUGUCUUCACCUAUGGCGUCCUCAUGGACUGCUGCUGCCACGCGUGCCGCCCGGAUCUGGCGCUCGCUUUCUUUGGCCGUCUCUUCAGGACGGGCCUGGAGGCAAACCAAGUCAUCUUCUGCACCCUCCUCAAGGGACUCUGCCACGCAAAGCGCUCAGAUGAGGCUCUGGACGUGCUGCUUCACAGGAUGCCUGAGCUGGGCUGCACCCCCGGCGUUGUGGCGUAUAACACGGUCAUCCAUGGCUUCUUCAAGGAAGGCCAAGUAGGCAAGGCGUGCAAUCUAUUCCAUGAAAUGGUGCAGCAGGGUGUUAUGCCUGAUGUGGUGACAUAUAACUCGGUUAUCGAUGCGCUGUGCAAGGCCAGAGCAAUGGACAAGGCAGAGUAUUUCCUUCGUCAAAUGGUUGAUGAUGGUGUCGUACCUGAUAAUGUGACUUAUAAUAGCCUCAUCCAUGGAUACUCCUCUUCAGGCCACUGGAAGGAGGCAGUUAGGGUAUUCAAAGAGAUGACAAGUCGGAGGGUUACACCAGAUGUGCAUACUUACAACAUGUUUAUAACCUUUCUUUGCAAACAUGGAAGAAGCAAAGAAGCUGCAGGAAUUUUUGAUUCCAUGGCUAUGAAGGGCCUGAAACCUGACAACGUUUCAUAUGCUAUUCUCCUUCAUGGGUAUGCCACCGAAGGAUGCUUAGUUGAUGUGAUUAAUCUCUUCAAUUCCAUGGCAACAGACUGUAUUCUACCUAACUGUCAUAUCUUCAGCAUACUGAUUAAUGCAUAUGCUAAAUCUGGGAAGCUUGAUAAGGCUAUGCUUAUAUUUAGAGAAAUGCAGAAACAAGGAGUGAGCCCAGAUGCAUUCACAUAUUCAACCUUAAUACAUGCAUUUUGUAAAAAGGGUCGGUUGGACGAUGCUAUGAUAAAGUUUAAUCAGAUGGUUGAUACAGGAGUACGACAGGGCACAGCUGUUUAUGGUUCUCUAAUCCAGGGUUUUUGUACACACGGCGAUUUGGUGAAAGGAAAGGAAUUGGUUACUGAAAUGAUGAACAAAGGUAUACCUCCUCCUGAUAUUAUGUUCUUCCAUUCAAUCAUGCAGAACCUAUGCACAGAAGGAAGGGUAGUAGAAGCACGGGAUAUCCUUGGCUUGAUAGCACACAUAGGUAUGAGGCCUAAUGUUUGCACAUUUACUAUACUGAUCGGUGGGUACUGCCUAGUCUGCAAGAUGGAGGAUGCAACAAAAAUGUUUGAGGAUAUGGUGUCAUUUGGUUUAGAACCUUGUAAUAUUACGUAUGGUAUACUUAUUAAUGGCUAUUGCAAAAAUAGAAGGAUUGAUGAUGGGCUUAUUCUGUUCCAAGAGAUGCUGCACAAGGGACUUAAACCUACAACUUUUAAUUAUAAUGUCAUACUGGAUGGGUUAUUUCUGGCUGGACGAACUGUUGCUGCAAAGGAAAAGUUUGAUGAGAUGGUUGAAUCUGGAGUAAGUGUGUGCACUGAUACAUAUUCGAUAGUUCUUGCUGGACUUUGCAGAAAUAAUUGUAGCGGCGAAGCCAUCACGCUAUUCCAGAAAUUAAGCGCAAUGGAUGUGAAAUUCAAUAUUAGAAUUGUCAAUAUCAUGAUUGAUGCCUUCUUCAGGGUUCAGCGAAAGCAAGAAGCUAAGGAUUUGUUUGCUGCAAUAACAGCCAAUGGGUUGGUUGCUAAUGUUUUUACCUACAGCCUAAUGAUGACAAAUCUUAUAAAAGAAGGGUCAGUGGAAGAGGCUGACACACUCUUUUUAUCGAUGGAGAUGAGCGGCUGUACUUCGAACUCGUGGAUGUUAAAUCUUAUUAUCAGAAGGUUGCUGGAAAAAGGAGAGAUAGUCAAGGCUGGAUGUUAUAUGUCUAAAGUUGAUGCGAAGAGCUACUCACUUGAAGCUAAAACUGUUUCGUUGCUGAUCUAUCUCUUUUCAGGGAAAGGGAAAUACAGAGAACACAUAAGAUUGCUACCUACAAAGUAUCAGUUUCUCGAAGAAGCAGCCACAGUUGAAUGGUUUGCUAUAUGAUAUCUGGACGUAACUCCUAGAAGCUAAACUUGAGUUGUUACUUGCCAUAGGUUCUCCUGCUUUUGCAACAAAUGCCUUUCAUAUGUGUAAAUAGAAAGUCAGCUUAUAAGAAGCCGUCAGGAUGGCAGAGAGAGAACAAAUCAAACGCACUCCAAAACAAAAGAGAAACCUCGCCAAACUGAAUCCAAACUCAAACAGAUGCAUCAUCAAAAGUCCGAAGCUGUACUGUUUGCUAGCCAAACUCCUACAGGAGAUUGUCAGGCGGCCGGGCAUGAAGUGGCAGGCGUCUAUGCGCCUUCGCUGCUGCCAGCAUCCAUGGCUUAGCAUCACACGGAAUCGAGUCAACCAAUUCCCAGCGAGUUUGGGCGCCUCCAUUGAAGAUGCAACCGUUUCUAGCCGCCAAAUACGCCUAAGGGUCAGAGUAAUCAGCGAGCAUGCCCCUUUUGUCUGGUUCGAGAAGAAUUUGAAGAAGCUAGCAGCAACAGGAGCUUGACCGGUUUGUUCUCAUCAAAGCCAGUUUAAGGGGCCAUAGUCUGAUGGAUUUUGAAGAGCUUCUCCAUGGUUUUCUCUUCUGUUCCUUGGUGCAGGGCCUGGUGGAAUUAUGCUGAACUGUAACAUUUUGGUACUACAGAAAAGUUCUUCUUAAGUUGGUCGCUUUGGGGGCACAUUACAUGUUUGAGAUGAACUUCUCUGUGGAGAAAAAUUGGGUGGCCUGUCCAUUUGCCCCUAUGUCUUCUUAUGUCUGCGAUUGUUGAACUGUAGCUUUGCGCGGGCCACUCCUCCAACAAUUACGGCCUUAAACCACUCAUCCAGUGAACUGGCUGUUAAAAUCGAUGCUUCUUUUGGUGAGCUGAUAUUAGUUGAUCACUCAAUGCUCAGUCCCUCCCGUUAAACUUCAGUAACAAAUUACCCCAGAAAGAUCA